UGUACCUACCAUCAGAGAGCGUAUCUUGUUAUCAUGAUAAACUGUCAGAAACUGUGCAUUAAAUCUUUCGGUUUCUAGUUUCGGAGAAGUUCUUUCGCUAAAAUAUGUCAUCACCUUUUCCUGUCGUCCUAACAGGACGGACACUAGGAGACCGGCAUCGACAGUUGAAUGCUCUAGUUGAAGAAGCCUUCAAACAAAACUUGGAGUUCGACAGCCUUAAAGAUGCUCGUGAAACAUCUUCACUUGACAGACUUUUCAAGAUAGACCUUGCAUCCAAAUAUCGACGGGUCGAUUAUAUCAUAAUUACUCUAAAAGAUGAUGACAUGUUAUAUGUUAGCAGAGCUUUAAAAUCCAGAUGGCUUUUAGAACCAAAAUAUACCAAUAUCAUCAACCCGGAAUACUUACAAGAAGUAGUCUUCCCUGAAAUGUUGACCACUUCCGUUAGCAAAAUGAAACAAUGGCUUCACUUGCAUCUUCGUGACCCUCAGAGAUGUCAAAAAUUCUACGAAUACUUCGCGGCGAAAAAAGACGAUUCAGCUAUGAGCUUUCUCUGGCAUUGUUCCAAUGAAUUCAUUUUGAAUGAAGUUGAAAAUUUACUGACGAAAUUAACACCACAUCAACUUAAGUUAAUGGCAGAGAAGUGUCCGCAGGUAGCCAAAUUAUACUUCGACUCGUUAAGUUGUAACAGAGAUCUUAUUAAGGUUUAUAGCAAAAAUGAGUCUAAAUAUUACAAUAGCUUGAAAUGUCUUCUUAAAACAGAUCCUGAUCUAUUUCUGGACAUCACAGAAAAAUAUUUCAACAUUCACAGUUUUAAAAGGCUCAGCUCAAGUGCGACAAAAUUCAUUAUGAAAAAUCAUAAAAUCAGGUUUAUGAAUAAGAUGGAACUGUAUACAGCUUUUUUGCUAAACGUCCAAACAUUGGCUGCAUAUUUAGAUAGUGGUGAAAUUAAAGUCCUUAUUACUAAGCUCGCAGAGGCUGAUUAUCUCAAUUGGUUCUCAUAUAAAAAUGUGGAACCCCUUUUAAAGAAGCUUCAAAGAAAUGAUAGAGUGCAAUUCAAAAAACAAAUAUUUGUCGAUAAAUGUAUCGGCCAAAAAAUAAAACACUGGCCUUAUGAGAUACCUUCUACACCUCUGUUAGAUGAUUCAGAUAAAAUUAUAUCUCUCGACAAUACAUACGAUCCGGGAGACUAUGGCCUUGGCUCACGCUCAGGGUCACAUUUCCGUUACAUGCUAAAAAAGAGAAAAUUCGGAAAAUGGAAAAAUGUAAAAAGAGAAGGUUCCCUGGACAAGCUGUACAACCGCUUCCGGUUUCAAAAUUUUGAGCGUACCUUUCAUAUCCUCCGAAAAGAGAUACUGGCAACGAGUAACAUCCAAAAUCGCAUGCAGAUGUUACUGGUAUUGGUGAGUAAGAGCGGAGGUCGCGUAGAUACUGUGCACGAACUGUUAAAAUGGCUAAUUUUUCAUCACAGCAAUGAAGUUGUAACUCUUCGAGCGGCAGUCGUGCGCAGCCUUGUAAAACGUUCGGCGGUAUGGCGGGUACCUGACGAAUCAUGGCAAUUACUUUUACAGUUCGCAAGAGGAUUAGGUUUAGAUGGUUCUGACUCCGAAGCUGAUUGCGUAGAAGGCAUCCAUGCAGUAGUUCUUCGAAAUUUACUUUCUUCAAAGGAGAACACGCCUUCGGUUUUUGUGGCUUACCUCCGAUCCUUUUCAUCGUUUACUGAAUAUCCUUUAACUACAGGUGAAAAAUACAUUGUUAAACAGCUACUGCCUAAAAUUCUUCUAAACGCAUCGGAAGCGAAACUGGAUCAUGAUACAAGUGCUGCAUCAGAUCUUAUUUUAAAAAUCUUAGAUGUAAAACAAGCGCAUAAACUCUCAGCUGACUCGUUUCUUGAUAAUAUCUUGUCUACUGUUAAAAGACUCGCAGGAAAAGAUCCUGCAGCCUCAAAAGAACCAUUGCUUCGUUUGUAUAAUUCUCACACAGCCCGAAAACAUUUAAUUCGUGAGAAUUUUGAACUCGUACAAACCGAGGCAUCUUUUUUGAAUGUUCUACGUCAUGAACCCGAAUUAAUAACCGAUCAAAAAAUUCAUAAAAUUGCCGGAACUGAAUUUCAGCUGGACGGGUUUCUCCGCAAAUUGGCUAUAUUCUUUAACGAAGAAGGUGGUUUAUCUAAAAGGUUUGUAGAAAUAAUCGAUGGAGCGAUGAAAGAAAAGCCCCGAGUAAGUCUUGCACGACCUUUGGCUAUUUUAGCUGGAGCAUCAUUAACCCAGUACAUAAAAUAUUAUGAUGGAAAACCACGCAAAAGCAUUGAAAAACGUAUAGCUUGUAGCCUUAGAGCUAAUGCCCAUAUCGCACGUCCAAAGUUCGAUUUAGAUCGAUUCGGAUGGCGUGAGGCUGGAGUGAAGGCGGUUGCAAAUAAAAUUACGAUGUGUAGUGAUUCAGCUAUUCCCGCUGCAGUUGAAAACCUUUUACUUUGGAAACGUACUGAGAAACUUGCUUUAAAAUUAGGCAUCAGAGGAGGGAUUGAAGCCUCCGCAUUUUCAUGUGUAGCUAAGUCUAGGCCUACAGUUGCGCUCAAAGUGGCUUUACAAUAUAUUCGCAAUAAAACAGAUUGCUUUGAUUCAAGAGUGUGGGAUUCAGUGAAAAAUUUAAUUACAACGAUAGACCUAUCAUCACACAAAUAUUUACAAAAGACUCUAUCCAAGGUUGAUGCAAUGCCAAUUUCCUUGAGAGCAGAGUACGCAAUGUUGGUGUAUGAAGCGUUUAGAAAGAUUUCCUUUAACAAAGCUAUGCCUAUUCUGUGUCACAUUGAAAAUAUGCUACCUGUAAUAGAGCAAGAGUUUAUCGAGAAAGUAAUUAAUAAAGAAUUACUUUCCAAAAAGUUCAAACUAGACGAAUCAGAUUCAGUAGAUAACUAUUACGAUAUGAACACAAUUAGUAUGUUCGUUAGAAUUAAUGCAAAAUAUUUGCUACUUUCUACAUCUGAAGAAGAGCAAAAAACAAAGAUGGAAAAAAUGGGAAAAUCGUUUCUGGAAACAUUGAAAUCACUAGAAACAGAAAAUACAAAGGAGAUUAUGACUUACUUAGAGGAAUUCAUAAAUGGGUUAAGAUACACAAGGGUUUAUAUGGACAAAUCAUAUGUGUCGUGUCUUCCGCUGCUAAAAGACAUAGCAAGAUGGAUGACCGAGUCAUUUCCCAUUCACUCCUAUUUCGGCAAAAACAUCAAUAUAACUUUCAAUAUAAUAUUAUUCAAUGCUAUUCGAAAGGUUAUGGAAUAUAAGCCAGAAGUGUUAUCGGAUCCUCCAAAAGUAACACGUGAAGGGUUACAAUAUAUUGGUAAAGAGUUUGGUAAGAUUAUUGUGGAAAAUAUCAACAUGAUGAAGGGGGAACUUUUUGCCUCGAUUGUGGAUUUGUAUUGGACUGCACUGAAUCUUUUUAUAAAUAAAUUUCUGGAAUAUAUUUCGAGACCUUCAUUCGGGAUGGCCGUAUGCAGGGGCAUCGUUGAGUGGGGUAGUGACAGCUCCUCUUAUUAUUUAGCGCAAAUGUUAUAUGAACAAUAUUUCAGUCAUACCUCUGGUGGUGAAAAUGAUGAUUUCAUAGAAAAGUUAAUUGAUGACCCUGAAACAUCAUUUUUCAUUAAUGACAGUUCUUUGUUUUAAAAACAGUUUUUUCUAACAUCAAUUAUGGAACUGCGUCAUCCUGACAAGUUCCAUAAUAAUAACUAAAAACUUUUUUUUUGCUGACUGUACAUGUACCUAGCAUAUAAAAUUAUAACAAAACUUUUAUUACUUUAUUAUUGAAGUUAACUAACUAAACUUUAACACAC